UUUCUGUGCGCCGAGCUCCGCCCCACGAGCGCCCGGCUUCGGGCGGAGAGCGCGCGCCGUUUGGUACCUUGGUGUCCCAUCGCGGCUUGGGACCCGACAAGAUGGGCAAGAAGGGCAAGAAGGAGAAGAAGGGCCGCGGCGCGGAGAAGACGGCCGCCAAGAUGGAGAAGAAGGUGUCUAAGCGCUCGCGGAAGGAGGAGGAAGACCUGGAAGCGCUCAUAGCCCAUUUCCAGACGCUCGAUGCCAAGAGGACUCAGAUUGUGGAAACUCCGUGCCCCCCGCCCUCACCAAGGUUAAAUGCCUCCCUCUCGGUUCAUCCUGAGAAAGAUGAAUUAAUCCUUUUCGGAGGUGAAUAUUUCAACGGUCAAAAAACUUUUUUGUAUAACGAGCUCUAUGUCUACAAUAUCAGAAAGGAUGCCUGGACCAAAGUUGACAUCCCCAGUCCACCUCCGAGGCGCUGUGCUCACCAGGCGGUGGUGGUGCCUCAAGGUGGCGGACAGCUGUGGGUCUUUGGAGGGGAGUUUGCCUCUCCCAGCGGAGAGCAGUUCUACCACUACAAGGAUCUCUGGGUCCUGCAUUUGGCCACCAAGACCUGGGAACAAGUCAAAUCAACAGGGGGUCCUUCGGGUCGGAGUGGACAUCGGAUGGUGGCCUGGAAGAGACAGUUGAUCCUUUUUGGUGGCUUCCAUGAGAGUACACGGGAUUACAUCUACUACAAUGAUGUGUACGCCUUUAAUCUGGACACCUUCACAUGGAGCAAGCUGUCCCCGUCAGGCACGGGGCCCACACCCAGAUCAGGCUGCCAGAUGUCCGUCACUCCCCAGGGCGGCAUCGUCAUCUACGGGGGCUACUCGAAACAGAGAGUUAAGAAAGACGUGGACAAGGGCACGCGGCACUCUGACAUGUUCCUGCUGAAGCCGGAGGACGGGAGAGAAGACAAGUGGGUGUGGACUCGGAUGAACCCUUCGGGGGUCAAGCCCACCCCACGGUCUGGCUUUUCUGUGGCCAUGGCCCCGAAUCACCAGACGUUGUUCUUCGGGGGUGUCUGUGACGAGGAAGAGGAGGAGAGCCUGGCGGGCGAGUUCUUCAACGAUCUGUACUUCUACGAUGCCACCAGGAACCGCUGGUUUGAGGGACAGCUGAAGGGGCCCAAGUCUGAGAAGAAGCGCAGGCGGGGCAGAAGAGAGGAGCCCGAAGGUGGCAGCAAACUGGCGUGUGGGGGAGCUGGCACGCAGGCGCCUGUGGAGGUGGUCAAGGAGUUGGUGACCGAGGAUGGGACCGUGGUCACCAUUAAGCAGGUGCUCUCCGCCCCAGGCUCGGCAGGGCAGCCCCAGUCUGAGGACGAAGACAGCCUCGAGGAGGCCGGCAGCCCCACACCCGGGCCGUGUCCUCGCUCCAACGCCAUGCUGGCCGUGAAGCACGGGGUGCUCUACGUCUACGGGGGCAUGUUUGAGGCUGGCGACCGCCAGGUCACCCUCAGCGACCUGCACUGCCUGGACCUGCACAGGAUGGAGGCGUGGAAGACCUUGGUGGAGAUGGACCCAGAAACUCAGGAGUGGCUGGAGGAGACAGACUCGGAAGAGGACAGUGAGGAGGUUGAAGGUGCUGAGGGUGGAGACGAGGAUGAGAACGAAGACAGCGGAGAGGAGAGCGGUGCGGAGGACUGAGGCAUCCCCCUCGGCUGAAUGUGUUUCUCUCUCAUUCCUUCCUCCUUGCGUAUCAGAAGAGCCCCCUCCAGGGGCGCCUGGCAAAUGCUGUGCCCACGUCCGCCCAGGACCCAGCCGUGUUGGGUGAAGCUCUCGGGGCCAGCCUGUGCCCUGACACACAGGAGAGAGCUGAAGGUGGGUGGCCCAGGCCAGGGCGUGAACUUUCUCCCAUGAUUUAGUCUUUGAUGCGGCACUGGGCCAGAAGCUCAACUGAGUGCAGUGCGGGUGGAUUCCCUCAGCAGCCUGUGUGUUGUGUAAAAUAAAUUGGACUUGAAACAA